AUGAACGAGGAUAGUUUGCAACCCAACGGUAUACUACAACAGCCGUCACCUACUACAUCUAUUUACCAGCCAAUCGUCCCUGAUAUUGAGUUCGAACAGCCUUUAAGCGACAAUCUGGACGCCAAAGAUAGAGAAAAUCAACCAUUACUGGGACGCAUGGAUCAUGCUCCGGGUUAUAAUCAUUUUCCUGAUGAUCCGGCAUUUAGUUAUGUUAUUAAACAAUCAGAAUUAGCUAUAGAUAAUAGCGUCUUCCCUGAACGCAUUUAUCAAGGGUCCAGUGGUAGCUAUUUUGUCAAAGAUACAAAUUGUAAAACUAUUGGUGUUUUUAAACCAAAAGAUGAAGAACCAUAUGGAUUGUUGAAUCCAAAGUGGAUCAAAUGGCUACAUAAAAACUGUUGCCCGUGUUGUUUCGGCCGUUCGUGUUUAAUACCUAAUCAAGGAUACCUGUCUGAAGCUGGUGCUAGCCUUGUAUCAGUUAAACUUGGAUUGAAUAUUGUACCAAAAACUAAGGUUGCAAAGUUGGUUAGUGAGACAUUCAACUAUGGACGUAUAGACAGAGAGAAGACUAGAAUGAAACAUGCUAUUAACGAUCAUUUUCCUAAAUUGGGACGGCGAUUUAAUAGACUUGGUCUUAGGCCCAAAAUAGGAUCCUUCCAAUUAUUCAUGGAAGGUUAUAAAGAUGCUGAAUAUUGGCUUAGGCGACUUGAAUUAGCUCCAUUGCCAUUAAAUCUUCAAUCCCGUUUUCAAAUUCAAUUUGAAAGGCUUGUUGUGUUAGAUUACAUUAUUCGAAACACUGAUCGAGGUAAUGAUAACUGGUUGAUUAGGUAUGAUCAACCGAGCUUAAGCACAAGCCCAAAUGCUAGCCUUACAAAUUCUACAGUCAGUGAAAGCUCAAAUGAAUGGAAUAGUGUUCAAGAACCAGACAUCAAGAUAGCAGCUAUUGAUAAUGGCUUAGCAUUUCCAUUUAAACACCCUGAUUCAUGGCGUGCAUACCCCUACCAUUGGGCAUGGCUUCCACAAGCAAAGAUUCCAUUCAGUAAGGAUACAAAAGAACUAGUAUUGCCUUAUCUGUCUGAUAUGAACUUUGUUCAAGAUUUGUGUGAUGAUCUUUACACUUUGUUUAAGAUGGACAAAGGAUUUGAUAGACAUAUGUUUGAAAAGCAAAUGAGUGUUAUGCGUGGACAGAUAUUAAAUUUAACUCAAGCUCUAAAAGAUGGUAAAAGUCCUGUACAACUUGUUCAAAUGCCAGCCGUUAUUGUUGAACGGUCCAAAGGUCAUGUGGGAACUACAUCAAAGUUUCGUUCAUUCAGUGAUACAUUUACUCAAAGAUUUCAAAAUAAAAGUCCUUUCUUUUCCUGGUGUUAA